AUGGUUUUGUACGAAGAGGAUUAUGUGGUGAACUCACGGGGAAUGAAGCUAUUCACGUGUUCAUGGAAACCAGAAGAGCAGCAAGAAAUAAAGGCUUUGAUCUUUUUAUGUCACGGCUACGGAAUGGAAUCAAGCAUCACCAUGAACAGCACUGCAUUGAGGUUGACGAAGGCCGGUUUCGCGGUCUACGGAAUGGACUAUGAAGGCCACGGUAAAUCCGAGGGAUUAAAUGGUUUCAUAAAAAACUUUGAUGGUCUUGUUCACGACGUCUCUUUUCAUUAUUCUUCAAUUUGUGGUAAUUAUUCUUCAACUAAGAGAGAAGAGAAUAAAGGGAAGACGAGGUUUCUAAUGGGAGAAUCCAUGGGAGGAGCAGUCGUGUUACUGUUAGCAAGAAAGAAGCCCUGUUUUUGGGACGGUGCCGUUUUAGUCGCUCCCAUGUGUAAGCUAGCUGAAGAGAUAAAGCCACAUCCAAUGGUGAUCUCAUUUCUCACAAAGCUAACUCGGUUUAUUCCAACUUGGAAGAUAGUUCCUAGCAACGAUAUUAUUGACGUCGCAUUUAAAGAAUCCCACAUCAGAAAACAGGUAAGGGAAAACGAGUAUUGCUACAAGGGCCGGCCUCGCUUGAAGACCGCUCAUCAACUCUUAAUGGUUAGCUUGGAUAUUGAGCAGAAUCUUCAUCAGGUAUCGAUGCCAUUUAUCGUCCUUCACGGAGAAGAUGAUAAAGUUACAGACAAAGACGUGAGCAAGCUACUCUACGAGGUUUCUUCGAGUUCGGACAAGACUUUCAAGUUAUACCCCAAGAUGUGGCAUGGACUUUUAUACGGAGAAUCUCCUGAGAAUUUGGAGAUUGUGUUUAGUGAUAUUAUAAGGUGGUUAGACGAGAGAGCUUCUGUUAUAAACCAAAGGUUAGAGACUGACUUAAAGGCUUAA